AUGGCUGCUAAAAGUCAUACUGCAAAACUGAUUGUGACUAUGGCCGUGGUGGAGGGUAGGAGCUGUCUCCCUGCAGAGGUCAGGAACGGCCUCGAGACCCUGAAGCGGAGGAGGCUCGAGAGAAUGCGUUUGAGUGCUCAGAACGAAGCGGGUGACAAUCCUGCGGUGGCUGCAAGAAGCGGUGGUGAUGCCUUGCGGAGCCCAGCUAACUGCGGGGUCAGAUUGCAUUCCAACAACAGUACAGGUUUACCUGGAAAUGUCCAGGACAAGAAUCCUUUUGCAAAGCGCAAGGUGGACAAGUUUGAUAUGUCCAACCUUGAGUGGAUAGACAAGAUACCAGAGUGCCCUGUGUAUUGUCCCACCAAGGAGGAAUUUGAGGAUCCCAUUGCUUAUAUACAGAAGAUUUCACCUGAGGCUGCUAAAUAUGGUAUUUGUAAAAUCGUCUCUCCUGUAAGUGCGUCUGUUCCUGCUGGUGUUGUGCUGAUGAAGGAACAGCCCAGUUUUAAGUUCAUGACUAGAGUUCAGCCCCUUCGUCUUGCUGAAUGGGCUGAGGAUGAUACGGUCACUUUCUUCAUGAGUGGAAGAAAGUACACCUUCCGGGACUAUGAAAAAAUGGCAAACAAAGUGUUCUCUAAGAAAUAUUCCAGCUCUAGUUGUCUCCCAGCCAGGUAUGUGGAGGAGGAGUUCUGGCGUGAAAUUGCUUUUGGGAAAAUGGAUUUCGUAGAAUAUGCUUGUGAUGUUGAUGGGAGUGCCUUCUCUUCUUCUCCUCAUGAUCAACUUGGGAAAAGCAACUGGAACCUCAAGAAUUUUUCACGGCUCCCCAGUUCUGUUCUAAGACUUCUUCAGGCACCAAUUCCAGGAGUGACAGAUCCAAUGCUUUAUAUUGGGAUGCUCUUCAGCAUGUUUGCAUGGCACGUGGAAGACCAUUAUUUGUACAGCAUCAAUUACCAUCACUGUGGGGCAUUUAAGACAUGGUAUGGGAUACCAGGCGAUGCGGCUCCUGGGUUUGAAAGGGUUGCUAGCCAGUAUGUAUAUAACAAGGAUAUUUUGAUUGGUGAUGGAGAGGAUGCAGCAUUUGAUGUCCUACUGGGGAAGACAACAAUGUUCCCUCCAAAUGUCUUGCUAGAUCACAAUGUUCCUGUCUAUAAAGCUGUACAAAGACCUGGAGAGUUUGUUAUUACUUUUCCACGUUCUUACCACGCAGGCUUCAGUCAUGGCUUCAAUUGUGGAGAAGCUGUUAAUUUUGCUAUUGGCGAUUGGUUUCCUCUUGGUUCUCUUGCUAGCAAGCGCUACGCACUUCUGAACAGAACUCCAUUGCUUGCACAUGAGGAGCUACUUUGUCAUUCUGCUGUGCUUCUCUCCCAAAAGCUGUUGAACUGUGAUCCAAAAUCCUGGGACAAGUUGGAACAUCCGAAUUCCCAGUAUUGUGUGAAAUCCUGCUUUGUGCGGUUGAUGCGAUUCCAGCGAUGUGCACGUGGCCUACUUGUUAAAAUGGGUUCUCAAAUAUGCUAUAAGCCGAAGACAUUUCCAAAUCUGUCCUGUAGCAUGUGCCGGCGUGAUUGCUAUAUCACACAUGUGUUGUGUGGAUGUAACUUUGAUCCUGUCUGCCUACAUCAUGAACAAGAACUGCGGAGCUGCCCUUGCAAGUCCAAUCGUGUUGUCUAUGUUAGAGAGGACAUACUGGAGCUAGAGGCUCUAUCAAGAAAAUUUGAGCAGGAUGUGUGCUUGUCUAAGGAAAGAAGUUGCAUUGGCUCAUUUAAGGAGGCUGAGAUCUCUGAUACUAAUGUUGAACGAGUCCCUAAUCUUGGGAUUACUCAGGAUUUUGGUAAUAGUAAAGCUGGUAGCUCAGGCUUUAUGACUGUUGAUGGGGGAAACAGUUCUGCUGCAGUAUCAAUUUUGACAUCUUCUGCGCAUCAUAAGGCACCCAAGCAUUCAGAAGCAAGGGCAAUAAAUACAUCAAUGACCAAAGGAACUUACACUGUGGAUGACAGUUCAUCCAGCAUGGAUGAUGCUUGUAAUGAACACGGUUCAUGUAAUGCUUCGGCCAUGGAAUGCAGUGAUAAUUCCGAUUCUGAGUCUGAAAUUUUCCGAGUCAAGCGCAGGUCCACCUCGUUUGACAAACCUACUUCUGAAACAAAGGCGUCAACCUUGUCUGAACAGCAGGUUCUGAGGCGGCUGAAGAAGGUACAUCCUGAAGUACAGCAGGUCAGUAAGCGUCCAGAAGAAUAUGAUAAUGGUUCAGUUCACUCUGCCCGUAUGAGCCAGAAGAGCUCAAAUCCUGCCUCUUCUGAUGAUGAAAGAGAGGACAAGGUUCCCAUUUCUUGGAGGAUAAAGCGGCGACAGAUGGAAACCCAGCACAAUGUUACAAGUCCUGGUGCGAGACUGCAGUCAUAUCCGGCUUCCAGUGGUGGUUCUCGAGAAGAGUCUGCGGAAAGAAGCAGAGAUGCUGCAGCAGAGCUCCGUCCAAAACGAGUGAAAAUCCGGCUACCUUCUAGUGCCAUUAGGCAGAUUGAGCCGCAGGGCAGUUCGGGGCAGAGAUUUGCGAGGGAGGACAAGUUGUCGCUUGGUUUUCCACGUACAUUUUAG